AUGAUGGAAAAAGAUUCUCGUUAUCAAUGGUUAGAAUCUCGUUUAAUAGCAACACUUGAACCAAAACGAGAUGCUCUUAUUCAAUUAAUUCAAAACGAUGAUAAUCGUUUAAGUAUUGAACAAUUUUUGGAAAAUGAAGAUAUAACACAUUUAUAUGUAUUAUCUCAAUCAUCAUCAUCAUCAUCUAAUUUAUUAGCUCUUAAUUCAAUUCCAAUUGAUUUUAAUUCAUAUCAACGAGUUGUUCUUUUUAUUAAAACUAAUUUAACCAAUAAAUUAACAAGAGAAAAUCUCGAUAAAGAUGUAUCAUUGAUUGAAUUAUAUCCUGGUGAAACAGUUCAUUAUAUUGAUAUAAUAAGUCGUGAUGUUUAUCUUCCAUUAUUAUGUUGUAAUAUUCUUGUAUCUGAUGUUGAAAAAGAUCGUUAUUUGGAUUUAUUUCAUCGUUUACUUAAUCAAACAGCAGCAACACAUACAAUUCAAGCUGAAUCAGUUGUACUUCCAUUACCAGCAUUUAAUAUUCUUGCUCAUAUAUCACAACAAGAACCUGAAAGACAACAAUCAAUAUUAUCUAUUCUGGAAAAUACUCUUACAAAUUGGAGUAAACAAAUAAAACAAUUACUUCAAGAAGAAUUAAAACCAUCAUUUUAUGGUCGAGAACAAAAUUCAAUAAAAGAUCAAGUUCAAUUAUGGACAUCAAGAAUAAAUAAAUUAAAUAAUCUUAUUGUACAACUUGAUUCACCAUUUGUUCAAGAUGUUCUUAAAAAUUUAGCAAGAAAUCGUUCACCAUAUCUUUCUUCUUUUAUGGAUAUUAAACUUGAAAUAACUCGAGCUGUAACACAUGCUGAAAGAAAUUUAUCAUUUGUAAGUACAUUAUCACCAUGGAUAUUUCAAAUAAAUAAUUCAAAUAAUCUUAAUGAAAUUCUUUCAUAUCUUCCAUCAUUAAUGCAUACACUUUUUCUUAUAUGGCAACAUUCACAUUAUUAUCAUCAAAAAGAUAAAUUUAGUCAAUUAUUAGAAGUUGUUUCUUCCGAAAUAGUUCUACGAGCUAAACAAAUAAUAGCUAAUAAUAUAUCAUCUAAAUCAACUAAUACAUCAUCAAUGAGUUUAAAAGAUGCUCUAUCAAUAUGUGCCAUGUUUCGUGGAACUUAUUUAGAUUAUAAAGAAAAAGCUGAUGGACUUAAUUCAAAAUAUAUGAUUCCAGAAAAAAAAAUUGAUCCAUCUCGAAUGCUUAUUUGGCAUGUUAAUCCAUAUGGAGAAAAUGAUCCAAAUAAAGAUAUAUCAUCAACAAAUGAUCCAUAUUCGGUUUUAAGAAAAUCAAGUCCAUGGCCACCAAGAAAUUCCAAAUGUUUUCAAUCAUUAAAUGCUCUUAUUGAAAGAUGUAAUGAUGUUCAAGAAUUAACAUCAAUAAUAAGUCAAUUUAAUGAUUUAUCUGCAACAGCUCGUGUUGGUGGUACAUUAACAAGUACAAUGGAUGCAAUGCUUGCUGAUAUUCAAUUAAAAUCAUCAAAAUCUCUUGAAAUAUUUCAUAAUCAAUGUCCAAAUCUUUCUCAUUUAAUGGAUAAUGAUCAAUUUGAUUUGGCUUUUUUUCGUUUAAGAACAGAAUUAAAACAUUGGGAACAUGAAUUAGCAUGGAUAUUACGACAAUGUUUUUCACGUGCAACAACACUUUCAAGUAAAUUAACAUUAUUAAAUGUUUUUAAUGGAGCAUAUCAAAGAGAUGUUAUUCAACGUGCACUUAUUAAUGAACAACAAUGGAUUAUUGAUAAUCUUAAACAAGAAUUUCAAUUAGUUGCUCAAUUAGUUAAUUCAUCAAAUAUUAAUUAUUUACAUUUACCACCUUUAUCAAGACAAUUAAUUUAUUUAUAUGGUCUUAAACAAAGAAUUGAUUUAUUUAUGAAUCAAUUUAUUGAACUUUGUCCAAAAAUAGUUCAAAGUGAUAUUGGAUGGGAAAUUCGAGAAGCUUAUAGAAUUGCUAAAGAUAAAAUUCAACGAAGUGAAGAUGAGAUUUAUAAUCAAUUCGAACAAUCAGCAACAAGUCAAAUAUCUGAUCUUUUACUUCAACCUGUUUUUAAAAUUUAUCGUGUAUCUGAUGAAACAAAUCAAAUUGAAAAAUUAAUUGUUAAUAUUAAUAAUUCUCUUGAAUGUUUAUUACGAGAAAUUCGUUAUAUAACUGGUGAACCUCUUAAAUCAAAAAUUCCAUCGAAAUUUCGUGAAUUAAUUCCAUUAUUAAAUAAUGAAAGAACUCUUCGUUUAAAUGUUGAACGUCUUCGAUCAAUAUCAAUGAAAUAUAAUUAUUUAAUUGAACAUAUGAAUAGUGAAGAAAGAUUUCUUUUUGAACCAAAAUUAAACAAAAUUGAUCAAGUUAUUAAUCUUGGUUUAAAUGAAAUAACAUGGAAAAGUCUUAAUUUAUCUGAUUAUAUUGAACAAUCCUAUGGUUUAAUUAAUCUUGAUGCAGCUAAAGCACUUGAUAUUGUUCAAAAUAAUCUAUUAUCUAUUAAACAAAUUGCUUUUAAUUGGUCAAUUAUUCAAGCUGAUAUAUUUAAUUACAAUCAAUUAUUUACAUUUAAACAAGCACUUGAAAAACAUAAAAAUGUUCAAUCGAUGUUUAAUGAAAAAUUAAUAAUUGAUGGUCAUAGAAUUCAUGCUUUGGUUGAUAAUAUAGCUAAAGUUGUUGCUGUUAGUUCAGCAUCACCAUCAUGGUUAAAUUAUUUAGAUUAUUUAAAUUCAUUAAUAUUAAAUGGAAUUAAAGCAACAAGUUUAAUUACAUUGAAAAAUAUGUUACUUUCAAUGACUAAUCAAGAUGAACAACUUCUAAGUAUAGUUGUACAAUUAAAUGAUUGUCAAUUAUCAUUUGAACCUCCACUUGUUCCAUUAACAAGUGAAUUAAGUCUUGGAGAAAUUUUAGUUGAAUGGAUUAAUUCAUUUAUUAAUCGUGGAGAUUUAAUUUAUGUACUUGGAUAUGAUAAAACAACAAAAUAUUCUCAAUUAAUUAAUGAAGAUCCAUUAAUUAUUGAAUUACGUGAAAAAAUUCAAGGUUUAAUUGAAGAAACAUGUUUAGAAUCAUUAAAAUUAUUUGAAGCUUUUUCUCAAUAUUCUUUUUUAUAUAAAUUACCUGUUAAUCAAUCAUUUCAAUUAUUUUUAAAUGGUGAUAAAAGAAUUAAAUCAACAACACCAAAAAAUUUUUUAAAUGAACAAGAUGCUGGAAGACGAAGUGUUUAUUCAAUGGGUUCAAUGCCAACAGCUGAAUUAAUUGAUCAUGUUGAAAGAUCUUUUCUUUGUGCAACUAAUGAUAAACAAGAUCUUCAAAAAAUUCCACUUUUACAAGAAUUUGAAAAUGAAAUGAAAAUUUAUCAAGCUUGUUUAUCUGAUUUAUCAUCUUUACCUGAUUGUUGGAAUGUUCAAUGGAUUCGAAUUGAUUUAAGACCAAUUAAACAAACAUUAACAAGUCUUUCUCAUAAAUGGUUAUGGAAAUUCUGUGCUUAUCUUCAUAAUCAGACAAGUGAAUCAUUAAAUAAUGUUGAUGGUUUUCUCGGUGCAAUGGAACCUGAAAUAGAAUCGAUAAGUGGUCUUGAACGUGAUACAGAAACAUUUAUGAAAAUAAUGCGUUUAUUUAAUUCCGUAUCAGGUAAACAACAAGAAGUUGAAAUACGUUUUGAAUUAAUGCGUCGAACAUUAUCAUUAUUAAAAAUGUAUUCAUCAUCAAAUGAAGAUGAAAUAACUUUACAUGAUAAAUAUCAAACAAUAAUUAAUCGUUGGCAAAAUUUAAAAACAAAAGUUAUGCAAGCUAAACAACGUUUAGGACCAACAUUAAAAGAAGAAUCAAAAUUAAUUAUUGAAGAUUUAAAAUCAUUUCAAUUUAAAAUUGAUCAAUUAAUUAUUGAUCUUAAUCAAUCAAAUUUAUUUCAACAUCAAUUAACAUUUAUUCAAGCUCAAUUUAUUUUAAAUGAAUUUUUAACAAGACAAAAACAACUUGAUAAACAAGCUUUAGAUUAUAAACAAUUACAAACUUUAUUAGAUACAACUAUUAUUGACUUUUCAAAAUUAGAUCUUUUUAGAGAAACGUUAAGACAUUUAAUUCUUACUUGGAAAACUGUCAAAGAUAUUCGUCAUCAUUUAGAAGAAAUAAAACAAGAACAAUGGCAAAAAUUAGAUAGUAAACAAGUAUCUAUAUCAUGUGAUAAACAUCUUGAAAAUUUACAAUCACUUCCAAAAUUAGUUCGAACUUGGGAUAUAUACACAUUUACUGAAGAUCAUAUUAAAAGAAUUAAAAUAUGUGCUCAAUUACUUGAUGAUUUAUCAAAUAGUGCAUUACGUACUCGUCAUUGGAAACAAUUAAUUCGUUUAACUGGUGGAAAUACUCUUAUGGAUAGUGAUACAUUUAGACAAUUAACUUUUGGAAAAUUAUUUACACUUUCUUUUCAAGAUCAUGCUGAUGAAAUUCGAGCAACAGUUAAAAGAGCUGAAAAAGAUUUUCAACUUGAAUCAACAUUAAAAACUUAUGAAGAAAUUUGGUUAAGUAAAACAUUUCAACUUGUACCUUAUCAAAUAAAACAAAGUAAUGAACAAAGAAAAAGUGCUUCAACGAAUAUAUCAUCAACAAACAAAAAAACUCGAGUCAGUAUCGGAUCAUUAUCUCAAUCAUUAUUAAAUAUCGAUGUAUCAACAACGGAUAAAAUAUAUUUAUUAUCAAAUUUGGAUAAAAUGUUUGUUGAAAUGGAAGAUCAUCAAAUAAAUUUAGAAAUUCUUCAAACAAAUCAAUCAGCUGGAUCAUUUCUUGAUGAAAUAGCUAAAUGGCAAUCAACAUUACAACAUAUUGAAGCAGUUUUAAAACAAUGGAAUUGUGUUCAAUUACUUUGGAUUAAAAUAGAUUAUUUAAUAACACGUAUUCAAUUUGAUUCUCAAAUUAAUUUUAUUUAUUCAAAAGCUGAUAAAGAUUUUCGAACUUUAAUGAUAUCAGUUCAAAAUAAUAAUAAUGUUUUAAAAUGUUGUCAAAAAAAAAAUAUUCUUCCUAUGUUAAAAUAUUUAAAUAAUCAAUUAACUAAAUGUCAAGAAUCUUUACGUAAACAAUUAUUUAAUGAAACUAAACAAGGCCGAUUAGUUUUUCUUACUGAUAUACAAUUAUUUGAUUUAUUAACAUCAGGUUAUAAUAUUCAAUCAUUAAGCAAUUAUCUUUCUUAUGUUAUUCCUGGAUUAAAAAAUCUAUUAUUUUCGGAUGAAAAUAAAGAUGAAGCUAUUGGAUUAAUAACUGAAUAUCAUCAUCAAACGAUUCUUUUUACUAAAAAUGUUUUAUUUGAAGGAAAUAUUGAAACAUUUAUUGAUAAAUUACUUAUUAAUUUAAAAGAAACAAUUAAAUAUUCAAUUGAUAACGCUAUUCAAGAAAUAACAGAAAAUAAUCAAUUAAAUAUCGUCGAUUGGUUAAUUAAAUAUCCUCGACAAACAAUUAUUAUUGUUAUUAAAAUAAUAUUUACAAGACUUAUUGAACAAUAUUCAAAAGAAACUCAUUCACAACAGAAAUUAUUGGAAAUAACAAAAAAUUUGUUAGAAGAAAUAACUAAUGUUCGAGAAAAAUCAUCUGAUAAAUGUUUAUUAAUAAAUAAAAAAGAAUCAAUUGGAAAAUUGGAUGAUAUUUUAACAAUAUUAUCAUCUUAUUUAAUACGUUUACCAAUUGAUAUUAACUCAUUUGAAUGGUCAUUUACUCUUAAAUAUUAUUCAGAUCAACAAACAAAACAAAUAUCAAUUCAAUCUUUAGAAAAAUCUAUAAAUUAUGGUUAUGAUUUCGUUGAAAAUAAAGAAAUGUUUACUCCACGAGAACAUGAUUUUAUUGGAAAAAUUUUUCUUUCAUUAGGAUUACCAGGUGGAACUUUAAUUCUUAAUCAAAAUAGUGAUUAUUUAAUUGAAUGUUUAUCAUCAAAUCUUGGUAAAAAAUUAUUUUCUCUUCAAUGUAAUUCAAUAACAGAUGAAUGUCAAAUAAUUAAUUAUUUUAUUGGUCUUUGUCAAGGAAAUAAUGUUUUAUUUAAUUCUAUAAAUAAACUUAAUAAUAAAUGUAUUAAUUUAUAUAUUAAAUUAUGUUCAAUUCUAUAUGAAACAAUAUUAAAAAAAAGUAAAUCAUUUGAAUAUAUAUCACGAACAUAUACAUUAUCGGAUUAUAAUCAAAUAAAUUUAUUUUCAACUAUUUAUCCUCAAACAAUUGAAAAUUUAUCAUUAUUAAAUAGUGAUAUAUUAAUUAAUAAUCGUCUUGUAUAUUUAACAAGAGCAGAUUAUAAUCAUAUAUUUAUAUCAAAUUUAAUUCAAUCUGGUUUUCAUCAUGCUUUUUUUAUUGGAAAACGUUUUAUUAAUCUUAUUUAUUAUAUUGUUGAUCAAUCUUUAACAGAAAAUAUAUCAGAUUAUGGUAUAAUUCGAUCAAAUAUUGAUUUAAAUCCAUAUUUAAUUAAAUUAUUAAUAAAAUAUUCUAAAAUAAAUUUAUUUAAUAAUACAAUUGAAGAAGAGGAAAAAUGUUUAUAUAAUGGUUUAUCAAUAAUAUCAAAAUGUUUUAAAAAAGAAGAUAAAAAAUGUCUUGAUUCAUUAAUAUUAAAAAAAUCUAAUAUAAAUAAAGAUUUAAAUAUUAAAUCUUAUCCAUUAAAUAGUUUAUCAAUAAAUAAUAGAAAUGAAAAUGAAACAAUAUGGAAUAUAUCAGAUGCAUUUGAAUUAGCUUUAAAUCAAUUUAAUUUAAAUAUAAAUGAUUUAAUAUUAAAUAAAUUAUUUCAAUUAAAUUAUUUAACUGAAAAUCAUUCUAAAAUUCUUAUUGUUGGAAAAAGUCAAUAUGGAAAAAGUCUUUUAAUAAAAACAUUUGUUAAAUCAAAAUCAUUUAUUAAUUCAAAACAAAUUUAUCAUCAUAUUAUGCUUCAAUUAUGGUCAUCAGAAGAUUUAUUUAUUAAAUAUGAUUAUGAUAAAAAUAUAUUUCAACAAGGACUUUUAUAUAAUAUAACUGAAUUAAAUAAAGAUCAUCUUUAUCUUCAUCUUGAUGGAUUUAAUCAAAAUGAUCUUUCUUCAAUUGAACAUUUUAUUCUUUAUUUAAAUCAUGGACAUAUUUUUUGGGAAUUAGAAAAUUUAAAUGAAUUAAGUCCAUUAAUGCUUUCAUCAUGUGUUAUGCUUUAUAUUGAUGAACAAAUUUGGACAUGGAAAGAUCUUAUUUUAUCAAAUUUUUCAAAUCAAUUAAAUAAUUAUGAUAUUAAUCAAGAAUUACAAAAAAUUUUAAUUGAAUAUAUAUCGAAAAUAGAAUCAUAUGAUAUAAAAGAUAAAUCAACAAUAAAUAUAUCAUUUAUAUCAAAAAUUUCCAUGACAAUAACUUUAUUAAAAAAUUAUCUUAAAAAUGAUAAAUGUUCAUUUAUUGAUUUACGUCCAUUAGUUGAAUUUACUCUUUUAUGGUCAUUUAUAACACAUAUUCAUCUUGAUUAUAGAAAACAAUUUGAAAAUUGGUGGAGAAAUAAUUUUCAUCAUAUACCAAAUGAUAAAUCUAUAACUGAUUGGAUGUAUGAUAUUGAUUAUCAUCAAUUUGUUCUUUGGUCUGAUACAAUACCAGCAUUUAAUCCAUUAUCACAUCAAGGAAUUCCAAAUAAUAUAUUUGUUCAUACAGCAUAUACAAUGGCCUUAUCACAUUUAGUUAGUUCAAUAAGUGAAAAUGAUCAUCCAGUAUUAUUAAUUGGAGAACGAGGAGUUGGAAAAAGUUCUUUAAUAAGUGAUCGUUUAAAAGCAACAUGUGGUGGUGAUAUAAGUGAUGUUUUUUAUAUAACAAUCAAUUGCAAUUCAGAAACAGAUAGUUUAGCUGUUUAUGAAAAAUUAGAAGAACAACUUCAAUGGAAACAUUCAUCUUAUUAUACAACUAAAGGAAAUCGAAAAAUGUUUUGUUUUGUUGAUGAUCUUAAUCUUGCUAAGAUUGAUCGAUGUAAUAAUCAAUCAUUAGUUGAAUUAUUACGUCAACAUAUUGAUUCAAAUGGUCUUUAUUCUCCAUUUAAUUCAUCAUGGCAACAUAUUGAUAAUAUAACUUAUGUUGUUACUAUUAAUUCAAAUAAAUCAUUAUACCAAUUAAAUCGUUUAAUUAAACAUUUUCAUAUAAUACAAAUGGAUAUGCCUAAUCAAUCAGAUUUAGUAUCAAUUUUUUCAAAAUUAGUUAAUAGACAUUUUAUUGGUGAUUUUGGAGAAUCUCAAUUAAUAAUUAAAGAUUCAAAUGAUAAUCCAACACGUAUAUCAACAGGUAAAUCAUCAACAAUAACAACAACUGAUAGAUCGAUAACAACAACAACAACAACAACAACAACAGCAACAAAUGAUAGAUCAUCAACAUCUCCAACAAGAACAAUUGGAUUAAAAGAUAAAAUAAAUAGUCAAACAUAUAAACGUCUUGAAUAUCUUCGUUUAAUUAUUGAAAGAAUAGUUAAAGGAACAGUUGAAUUAAAUGAAAGAAUGAGAACAAUGUAUAAUAUAACAAAUAAACGUAUACAUUAUGUUUUUUCAAUGAAACAAUUAACACAAGUAUUUCGAAAUAUUUCAAUUAGUUUAACACCUGAAUGUUCAAUUGAUGAUUUACUUUAUUUAUGGCAUCAUGAAUUAUAUUGGAUUUAUGGAAAACGUUUAGUUGAUCAAAUUGAUCAACAAAGAUAUCAACAAUUAUAUCAAACAAUUGUUAAAAAAUAUUUUACUAAUAUGAUUAAUGAACAACAAGCUUUAAUUAUUCAAAAUCAACUUUUUUCAAAUUUACAACUUACUGAAAGUGGUAUGGUUGUUGCAAAUAUAAGUCGAGAUUCUCAAAAUUAUUUAACUGAUAAUUAUAAUCUAGUUAAUGAUUAUAAUCGAGUUGAAACACUUGUUCGAAAUGCAAUAAUUGAAUAUAAUAAAGAAAAACCAAAACUAACAUUUCCACUUUAUCCAUGUUAUAUUGAAUUCUUAUGUCGUUUAUGUCAUCAAAUUCAAACAGUUGAUGGACAUUGUUGUAUUAUGGCUGAAGGUGUUAUUGAUCCAUCAAUAAUUGAUUUAUUUUCAUCAAUUGUUAAUUAUCAAUUAGUUUCAUUUAAAACAAGUCAUUUAAUUACAUCAAAUGAUCGUCAUCAAGAAUUUAUUAAACAAAAAUUAACACAAACAUAUAUUGAUGCAGGAAUUCGAAAUGAAAAAAUCAUAUUAUUAAUAAGAGAAGAAGAAUUUGAACAUAUUGAAUUAAUAAUUCAUGUUACUAAUUUAUUAAAUACAGAAGAAAUGUCAAGUUUAUUUUCAUUAGAAGAAGAAACAUCAGUUUUAAAUUCAGUUCGAACACAAGUUCAACAAGCUGGUCUUUCCUUUUCUCGAGCUGUUGCUUGGGAUUUUUUUCUUCGAAAUGUUAAAGAAAAUGUUCGUGUAUUAAUAUUAAUGAAUGAAAUAAAUAAUAAAUUAUGUCUUGAUCAUCCAUCAAUAUUUAAUAAUAUAACAUUAAUUUAUUGGCAACAUUGGGAUAAUCAAACACUUGUACAAAAUAGUCUUUAUCAUUUAAAAGAUGUUCAAUGGUUAGAUAAAAGUAGUUGUGAAAAUACAGCUCAUCUUCUUGCUUCAAUGCAUCUAUCAAUACGAACUGCAAAUGAAAAUCAUACACAAAAAUUACCACAUGUUAAUAAUCAUACAUUUACAAAAUUUGUCGAAAAAUUUGUAACAAUAUUUAAUGAAAAAUCUUUGAAUGUUUAUGAAAAUCAUUGUGAUGUUCAACGUCUUCUUGAACAAAUUCAAUAUCAACAUGAAACAGCAUCGAAAUUAGAAAAAGAAUUACAACAUGAAAAAACAGUACUUGAAGAAAGACUUAAAAGUACUGAACGUAUGUUAGUUCAAAUUGGUCAAGAUAUGGUUAUGGCUGAACAACAAAUUCGUGCUCAUAAAUGUCAAACACGACGAACAGUUCAAUUAAAAAGAUUAUUACCUGAAUAUGAAUUAACACAAGAAAAAAAUUUAUAUAAAUGUUUAGCUAUUGCAACUGAUGCAAGAAAAUUAAUUGAAACACUUGAUAUGAUUUCUUUACAAGAGUUAAGAUCAAUUACUAAACCUGAACAAACAGUUGAAGAUACAUUAGCUGCUGUUAUUAUGAUUUUAAAAUCUCCAACAGCUGAUAUAACAUGGCAAAAAGGUGCUAAAAGACAAAUGGCUAAUCUUGAUAGAUUUAUUGAAGAAACUCAAUUAUUUGAUAAAGUUAAUUUAACUGAAGAACAAAUUAAUUUAAUUAAUGGAGUUAUUGAUAAAGUACAACUUGAUGAUAAACAACUUAAUCAAGCUUCAUAUCAUAAUGCCGUUUUUACUCUUUAUAAAUGGGUUAAAAGAGUUUUACAAUAUCAUACAAUAUUACUUAAAAGAGUAAAACCAUUACACAAAAAAUGUCGAGAAAUUGAAGAAGAUGUUUUAGAACAAGAUCAAAAAUUAAUUUUAUUAGAUAAUAAAAGUCAAGCAUUAGAAGCUCGUUUAAAAGAUUUAUCACAAAAUUUUGAAGAAGCAACAGUUGAUAAAAAAGAUCAAGAAGAAAAAGUUUCAAUAAAAGAAAAUCAAUUAAAGACUGCAUCACAAUUAAAUGAAAUAUUAUCUCGAGAAUUAGAACGAACAAGUAAAAUAUUUCAAUCAACAAGUGAACGUCAAUCAACAUUAACUGGUACAUGUUCAAUUGCUGCUGCUUUUUUAAUUUAUCUUGGUCCAUAUACACAUGGAUUUCGUCGUCUUAUGUUAACUGUUCAUUGGAUUAAAUCUAUACGAGAUAGAGGAAUGACUAUUGUUUUUGAUCAAAUAUCACCUGUUAAAGGAAGAAUUAUUAAUUGGCAAUUAGAUUCAAUUCAAGAUAAUCAAAUUGAAAUAAAUGAUGAACAAAAAUUGUUAAGUGGAAGUGAAUAUCGUCAAAUGUUAUUUUCAUUAAUUGAAUUUAUAUUGGGUGAUCAAAUGUAUCUUGAAUGGUUAAGUAAAGGAGUUUUAUCAUCAGACAUGGAAAAUCAUACAAUUAUUGUUAAAUCAAUUGAAUAUCCUCCACUUAUUAUUGAUCCAUUUGGACAAAUUGAUCAAUGGAUAAAAGAUUAUUAUAAUGUUCAAACAAUUUAUUUUGAUGAUGAAUCAAAUCAUGAAAUAGUUAUGUUAAUUGAACAAUCAUUUUUAUCUGGUUCAAAAAUAUAUAUUAAAAAUUGUAAUUCAUUGGAUAGUCUUGUUUAUCCAUUAGCACAAUGGAAAUCUACAUCGGAAAAAUUCCAGAAUACAAAUUUAAUAAUUUAUUGUGGUCGUCGUUUAUUUUGUAAUCCAUCAUUUCGAUUUUUUAUUCAAACAGAUUUUGAUUCACUUGAUAAAGUACCUCCAUCAUUAUCAUUAAUGACAACAUCAAUUAAUUGUCAAUAUAGUGUUGAAACAUUGUUAGAUGAUUUACGACAACAAGUUUUUCAACGUGUUCAACCGAAUUAUUAUCAAAGAAAAUUAUCAAUUUUACAUUUAAUAUUAAUUUGUCAACAAAGAAUUCAAUCAAUUGAUUCAUUUCUUAAAUUAAAUUCAAUCAGUGAUGGAUUUGAAGGUGAACAAGUUGUUUUAACAUCGAUUGCAUUGGAAAGAAAAUAUAUGUUAGGUGAAGUAAUUGAAAAAUCAUAUGAAUUAUUGGAUUCAAUUGAAGUUUAUGUUGAUUAUUAUUUUCCUUAUGCUCAACAUGGUGCUUUACUUUAUUCAGUUCUUCAAAGAAUAAAUCUUCUUUCACCAAAUAAUUAUCAAUUUUCAAUAAAUAUUAUUUAUUAUUUAAUUGAUCAAUUAUUUCCUUUAAAUAAUCAAACAUCUAAUGAAGAUAAAUCGAUUUGGAAAGAUAUUGAAGAUCAAAAAUAUCCUCAACUUCCAUUAUUAAUUGAAAUAAAUGAUUUAACAAAAGAAGAAUUUACUCCAGUUGAUCAAAAUCAAAUUGAUGAAAAUAUUAAAAAAAUGAUUCAAUCAUUUAUUAAAUUAAUUUUACCUCAAUUAUUCAGUGAAGAUCGUUUAGAAUUUUUAGUUUUACUUCAAUUAUUAUUAAAAACAGCAGUUGAAAAUAGUGAUGGAAAAAGUGAAAUUCUUCAAAUUGAAUUAUUAUCAACUGGUUUACCAAGAAUUGAAUUUAAUUCAUUAUCAUCAUAUACAACAAAACAAAAUAAAAAACCACAAUGGAUUGAAUCUGAUAUGAUUUGGUUUGAUAUAUUAUCGUUAUCAAAUUUAUUUAAUGAAAAUGAUUUAUUAUUUAAUUUAUCAGAAUUUAUUUUAUCAAAUGAUCAACAAUGGAAUAAUUGGUAUUUAAAUCCCCAAUUAAAUACAUUUCCAAAUCCAAAUGAUAAACAAUAUUCUCAAUUAGAUAAACUUCUUAUUAUUCGUUUAUUACGACCAGAUUAUUUAAUAAAUGCUUUACAUGAAUAUGUUAUUGAACAAUUUGAUUUAAAUAAUUUACAAAUCGAUGAAUUAGAUUUAAAAGGUAUUCAUAUUAUUAAUUUACCAUCAAUACCAGUUAAAUCAAUAAAAUCAGGAGAAUUUCUUAUAAGUAAUAUUGAUUUUGAAAAUAAUAUUGAAAAUAUUUUGAAAGAAAAAGGAAAAAAAAUUCAUAUAAUUGAUUGUCAAUUAACAAAUACAUAUGAUUAUACAAAUAAUGAUUAUGAUAUAUUAUUUUUCAAAAAUGUUCACGAUAAAUCAUUUUCACAUACUAUUAAACAAAUUCGUCGUCAAUGUCAAUGUGAUAUAAUAUUAACUAAAGAAGCCAAUAUAAAUAUAAAUUGUGUUGAUGCUCAUAUACAUCAUUAUGAUUGUUUAAUUGAAGGAAAAGUUAAUUUAUCAAAUAUAUUAUAUAGAUAUUCAAAUAAUUUAAUUCGAUUCAUAAUUGGAGAAAUAUUAUCAAAUAGUUCAUCUAUAUUAAAUCGUUGUGAAAAAGAUGAUAUUCCAAUAAUAUAUGGAACAAUAUUAAUUCAAUCAAUUCUUGUUUAUAAUCAAUAUAUAUUUAAACAAAGUUCAUUUACAAUAGAGUGGACAAAAAAUUUAAUUGAAUUUAUUUAUAAUUUAAUUCAAUAUUCAAAAGAUAAUAAAUAUCGAAGAUAUUUAAUUGAAAUGGCAUUUCCAACUAAUUCUCCAUUAUUAAAACAACUUUUAAAUGAACUUUUUCAACAAAUUCAAUCAAAAACUUCAAUUGAAUUAAAUAAAUCUCUAUUUGAAAUUCCUUUUAAUGAAAAUCAAUUUAAUCUUCAAUGGUUUUUAUCAAAACAUCAACAAAUUAAUUUAAUAUAUAAUGAUUAUCCAUCGAAAUUAAAUCUACUUCAACAUCAAUUUAAUAUAUUUACAGAUAAAUUAAAUAAACUAUGGCAUGAAAAACCAUUAAAUAUUCAUCAACAAUUAAAUGUUUCUUUAAUUCAUGAUAAUAUUCAUUUAUUUAAAGAACGUUUACCUCCAUUACUUAAAUUACCUUCAAAUAUUGACUUUAAAGAAGAUCUUGUUAACAUUGGUCUUUAUCAGGAAAUAAUCUAUUUUAAUACACAAUUGGAAUUAAUAUUAAAUGAUAUAAAUGAUAUCGAAAAUAUGUUAUUCUAUGAAAAUAUAUUAUUAGAAAAAAAUCCAAGACUUAAAUCAAUUGGAUUUGAUCUUGAAAGAAAUAAAAUUCCAUUAUGCUGGUUAUCCGAUCAAUCAUCUGCACCGAAAUUUAUUUCAAUUGUUCAAUUUAUUCAUCAAUGUCGUCAUCGUUUUAAUGAAUAUUAUUCUUGGAUAAAUUGUUUAAAUGAUGUUGAAAAACUAGAUUGUCAUUGUAUUCAUCGUAGUAGAAAUUUAAUUGAAUUAAUAUGUCUUUCACAUGCACUUAAAUAUAAUCUUACACGAGAUAAUAUUCGAUGUAUUGGUCAAUGGUCAUCAUCAAAAACUAAUAGUAUGUCAUCAGAUAAAACACGUCAUUUAAUUUUAAAUGGUUUAACUAUAAUUAAUGGAAUUGUUGAAGAUAAUCAUCGAAUUAAAUCAAUUAGUGGAAUAAUAAAUAAUUGUCCACCAAUGGAAAUCUAUGCAAUCGAAUCCUCAACUGAUAUUAAUGGAUGUCCAGUUUAUGCAACAGCAUCAUCUCGUCUUGAUCCACCAUUAUUUUAUUUAUUAUCAAACGAACAAAUUGAUUCAAUGACUUAUAUUGUUUUUCAAAAUGAAAAAGAAGAAACGAUUGAAAUUCCAUAUCCAAAUGUUAUUCGUCAAGAAAUAGAAAAUCCACCAUCAAAUAAAUAUGAAAAUAAUCCUGGAAGAGAUUCAUCUCCAACAUCUCAAUUAUCUCAAUCAACUCAAAGAACAAAUACUCCUUCACUCAAAGAUAUUCAACGAGAUGAACCGAUGUUAGGUUUUUAA